UCAAAAUGAUUGACAGGAAAUCAGGACUGGUAUUAGUGUGUGGUGUGUUGAGUGUGGUGCCCGCGCUUUCUCGCCCAACACCAACACUUACCAUUCAAGCACGAAAGAACUAUGUGGCGACUCUGAGGAGUAUGGUGAAGCCGUUAUGUGAUGAGGCCUCUUCCCUGUUGUUCCUGAACGACGGGUCCUUCCCUGCCAAACAGUUCCUACAUGACUUCCUGUUAACUCACACCACUGCGCCCGUCCAGCUAGCAGACAUGACUACAUGGUUGAGCGAUGAACAAACUCCAUCCGACUACUACCAAAACAAUCACAACACUGAGUUUAGUCUUACUAUGAUCGUAUUCUACAAUGCAAGUCUGGUUGGUAUGCUGUUAGCGAGCCUUCCAUAUGGGUGGAUCCACGGCCCUCUGCAGCUACUGUCUCUCAACAUUCAAGAAAACCCCAGACACUUACUGGUGGAGGCGAACACAGGACGUCAUUUGUCCUUAGUGCAGACGCAGGUCCUGAAAGAUGCAAGGCUUAGGUACACCCUCACGACCUACCUGCCAUUCAAGCCUGGAACAGACAGAUUCUGUGUACAGACGUUGAACCCUUUGGAGGCCAUGACACGGCAGCAUCUGGUUCAGGACAGAUUCCCUAGCUUCCACGGUCACGUAUUACACCUCGCCAGCUGGACCGAUAACUUUCCAGUGAUGUUCUUUGACGAUUUCACCACUAGUGAGUUACAUGAACGUGCUAUUAUUAUCAUCCCAUUAAUGAUAGAGGACACUGACAACUCGUCUGUUACUCAAGGAUGA